GUCCUAAAAUAUGGUUGCUGCCUGCUGAAGAUGGACUUUGACAACAGUGAGAGCCCCAGUAAAUUUUUCACCUCUAUAGUGAAAGAACUGAAGAAUAUAGCUAUAAGCAACAUUAAAUAUUUCAAAGAUGGGAAACAAAGUCACCAUGCCAAAUUUCAUGUCUCAUUCUGCUUACUAUUUGAGUACCUAGACCUCGGAAUCGAGCCGUGUUACCGUGAGAUUGAUAAACGCGUUCAUGAAUUUGAUGCCUCUCCCAAAGAGAAGGGAAAUGGCUAUAGAAGUCUUCUUCGCAUAGUACAAAAAUGUUGUCUCCAUCUCCUGCAACUAUCGCGUAAUAUAUCAACGAACAGAGACACUAUUUUGUUUCGUCGCCAGUUUUACAUGAAAGAACUGGAAGCUUAUGUAGCAACGUUAGGCCAGCUGCGAGCCUGUUUGUACUACGCACAGAAGCUUAUGACAUAUUGUCAGCCUGGCAACUUAUUCGCUGAUGAAGAGACGCUGGAUGAGGCAGUUGCAGAACAGCUGAUGGCAGAUGUAGAAAUGUUGAGUCAAGACUGCUUUUAUGGACGAUGCCUAGGCUUUCAGUUCUGUGAGUCCAUGCAACGCCCUCUGCAAAUAGUAGCUAUUGCUAUGGCAUCUUUCUCUGAAGGUUACCAAGAAAAUUCCCAGAUAAUGAAAGUCGCAACAUCUCUUUUUAACAGUCCAAAAUAUCUCAUCAAUCCAGAAGUGCGAGCGCAGCAGGUAGUCAACAUCACCAGGACUGCAGACAUCCAGUUUUGCAAAGCAUUCUGGUCAAUUACAGAGUCUGAAAUUAUGCAUCCCUUGCCAUCACUGGUGUACCCAAAUGUGCAAGUUGAUGAAGUCUUCCAUCUUGGCCCUGAUGCAUUUGAAAUGCUCUCAGUCAAUGGGGAGGAAAUAACUAUAACUCCUCCUUGUGCCCACACUGGGCCUGCUCCUGUACAGGUGCGACUCCUCUCAUAUCAGCUUCGUGAAGGGCAGGAGCAGCAUUUAAAAUCAUCACGCUCACCAGGUGCAAAAACACCAUCACCUAAAACGCAGCGAGCACGAGGUCUAUUGAUUCACUGUCAUGGUGGUGGCUUUGUUGCACAAUCUUCUCGAUCUCAUGAGGUGUACCUGCGACACUGGGCAAAAGACCUUGAUGUCCCUAUCUUGUCUGUUGACUACUCUUUGGCUCCUGAAAGUCCAUUUCCACGAGCACUAGAAGAGUGCUUUUAUGCUUAUGCUUGGGCAGUCCACAACUGUGAGAAACUUGGAUCCACAGGGGAAAUAAUCUGCAUGGCAGGAGACAGUGCAGGAGGAAAUCUUGUUAUCAGCACAGCUAUGCGAGCUUCAUCAUUCAAUAUUCGCAAACCAGAUGGCAUUCUAGCCGUCUACACACCAGUCCUUGUGCGCUACACUCCAUCACCUGCCCGUCUUCUUAGCUUAAUGGACCCACUGUUACCGGCAGGCAUUCUUUCCCGCUGUUUAGCAGCUUAUGCAGGAGUGUCAGAUGAACUGUCAUCACAGCUGGCAGCUUCUGUGACAUGUCACAUAGAGUCCAGUGCAGCAACAUUGAACAUGUCAUCCCAGGAUGUUUCAGAGUCAGACUGGGUCCUCAUCAGUCAAGACUCGGCAGCUAGAGUCAACACUACUCUCAGCACCUUGCAGCAAAAAGUGCAGAUGUCAGGAUCAUCUCAUCUGAGCAGUCUAGAAAGGAAUGACAGCCAGGAGGAGGUGGAACUUUUCAUGAGACCCAAAAUAGCUGUUGCUUCAGUAGCAUCAACGGUAGCAGAUGCAAAAGAUAAAAUUAUGUCUUAUGUCGGUAGCUGUUCACAGAUUCUUGUAAACAGCUUAUCUGGAUGGUCAGCAGAAGGAGAAGUCUGUUCAAAGACUUUGCAAGCAGUCUCAAGUCCAGGUGAAGAGAGCAUUGAAGAAGAGAGUAAACAAGAGGAAAGUUUAGAGACUCCUAGUUUUUACACACCACUGACUUCACCUGAUGAGGGGCAGGAGAGUCUUGUUUCUUGUGACAUGGUGACAGGAUCCACACCUAAUGAUGGAACAGACAGAGACUUGUCUGAUAGUUACUCGGAGUCAACCAGCGAUAUGCUAGAAUCACCUGAUAAUUUCUUUUCCAGAAAGGUCAGUUCUGAAAUGAAGAGCAACAAAGAUGCAGGAAAAAAGGAAGGGUCUGAACACGACGUUCCUGAUGGUCUACUUGCCUCUGACUUAUCAUUUAGACACACCUGCAGCAGAGAGUCAGAUGCUUCUCUUGGGAAGAGUUUUCUUGCUCUGUCCUCACCCUGCAUGCCACUGCUGACAGAAGAAAAGGCACAGCUGCUAAGACAGGAAGUGGAAAAUUCAGCUUUUGUUCCAGAAUGUGAGGUGGAGGAUCAGCCAGAAAUGUCGCAUUCUUUCAUUGAUGAUAGCAGCGAUAUGAAUGUCUAUGAGGUUCUUGCUGAUGAGAAUCAAACUGUUGUUGUGACUGUAUACAAAGAAGGUAUUCCACCUCAAGAUAUAGAUAAUGCCGAAUAUGUCAGUUCUCCCCUGUCAGAGGGAGCUAAGCAAUCAAGCAUCAAGGAAGUGGCAAACUUGAAAGAAAAUUUGCAAAAAAGUGAAGAGACAGGAAUUACUGUGACUAAGCAUGCUAAAGAAGACCAGUUAUGCAGCAAAGAUGAAACCUUUAACCUGUCGGAUCCUUCAAUUAUUUCAAAUUUCCAGAUCGGAAGUGGUUUGAAAACAGAGAGUAUUUCCACUGCCAAAAGUGAUUUGCAUUUCAGCACAGGUAACCUCUCAUCAGACAGUGGCUGCCUUAGUGAUGAUACUAUGAGACCAGGACCAUCUGUCAGUCCUUCUUGUAUACUGAGUGAGGUAACAGUGAUGGACAGUGCUGUGUCUCCUAGUCACCUGCGUCGCAUGCAGCUUCACCUGGAUCUUCCAACUAAAUCCUCGAAGCUUUCUUUGCCACGUAGUGCUUCCACACCUGCUUUCAUAAGCCCAGCAGACUUUUCUAGGUACUCACCUAGUAUGUCCCCAUCUGAUUUCAAAAGAGAGCGCCACCUAGCACAAAGUCCACUGCGUGCAAUCCGUCACAUUCCAAUCGUUAAAAAUCCUUACAUGUCUCCAUUGCUGGCACCAGACAGUCUAUUGGAGGGCCUUCCAUACAUCUCACUUGUGGCCUGUCAUCUGGAUCCACUGAUAGAUGAUUCUAUCAUGUUUACUCGGCGCCUGCGUUCGCUGGGAAAAUCCAUUGAUCUGAUGAUGCUGGAUGAUUUACCACAUGGUUUCCUUAACUUCUCCAUGCUCUCCCAGGAUGCAAAGCGUGGCAGUGACAUCUGUGUUAAGAAAUUGAAGGAAAUGCUUUUCCCUCAGUAGUCUUUCUCUCUCCUGCUUCUUUGCUUCAAAACUCUCAUUCCUUUUAGUCUUCCUCAAUCCCUUCAUCUUCCGUUUAUCUUUUUUUAUCUGGCGCACUUCCUGUCUAUCUCAUUCUUCAGUGUGUGCGUGUAUGUGUCUGUAUUUGUAUGCACUGGAAAGCUGUCGGUCAGGGGAAGGGAAAAAUCUCCUGUCCUCAGAUCUUUUAAAGGACAUUGAUGUACAUGUAUGCAGAUUGAUUCAUUCAUAAACACACAAGACAUUCUUAAGCAUGUCAUGCUUUUCUUAUGAUAACAGUUUCUUUUAAUGCCAAUCUGCAGUCUUCUAUUUAUAUUUGACAUGUGUACUGCUUUAGAGAUCAUUUAAAGUCUUCUCACUUUAUUGUCUUCUUUCAACAAAUUUAUCUUUGUUUCCUAUUUAUGUCUUCUUAUUUUCUUCACCAAUUUGUUUCACCAUUUAUUUUUUUUUAAAGAUAUUUUUAUAUUGCUUUGCCGUCUGCCACUUGCAUCUUCCAGAAAGCAAGACAGAAAAAGGUUGUUUAACAAUAGCUGUUGACAUACUUUAAAUAUUGCUUAAUAAAAUUAAGCAAAGCUCUUUUAAAGUGUUGAUAUGUUUGUUGUUAAGUGUAGGUUUUUAUUUAUUAUACUUCCAUUAUGUACCUUUGAAUGCAUUUAACUUGCUAUUUUCCUUGUUUGGUUUUUGGUUUUGUUUUUGUCAGUUUGCAACUUGCAGAGGCUGGCUGCAUUCAUUUGCUGGAUCUUAUGAUUUCUACCCUCUAAUCUUAUAAACUUUUAGUAAGUUUCAAGUCCCACACAGUCUGCUUCUGUGCUUAUUAUCAAGGUAUGGUCUGUUUUACACAUUGCGUCUGAAUAUUUUUUCAUAACUCUCUGCUAGCUCACUGUCAGAGAGACAUCUUUCAAUGGUUAAAAAGCUUUAUCUCCGAUGGUCAUGUCAUCUGGUACAGUCAAAGAAAAACUUCAUAUUUUGAGAUAUUCAAUAACAGCAUGAUUCUUCAGUAUGGUUUCAUUAAAACUGCCCACACCUUCACAUAUACCUUCAUUUUUAUGGAAAUUUGACUAUUGUAAUUCUCUCUUUUUUGGUUAUCUUCUGGCUGUACUGCUUCUGUUUUGUCCAUUGGCUCCCUGUGCAGACUUAUAUAACUGACCAAACUUUGCUUAAGAUUCUCUGCUCCUGGUAAGCUGGUACACAUGGCACAAACUUAUGCAUACUUUGCUAAGAUAGUGCUCAAUACAUAGCCUUUAGGUUUUUGAUACCAUUAUUAUGGUAACUGUUUGUGCAUCAUCUGUAGCUAGGAGUGUGACCAUAGCCAUGCAGGGCAAACUUGAAGCAAACUUUCUGCCUCAGAGGCCAAGUCCUCAACUGGACUGCCAUUUGAGAUGACGAUGGUUUCUUUUGGCAGUGCUGCAACUUGCUGUCUCCAAGCGUCUGUGCUGACUUCUUACCCCUUUUAUACCCUUUUAUGCCUUUUUAAACCCUAAAAGGAGGGCUUUUGUGUCAGUGUGCCUGGCCAUAAUGGAAGACAGUGCUGAUUGUGCUACUAAGGUCUACCUAUUGGGAGGUUGGGUGCACCCCUCUCCAUCCUACCUGAACCAAAACAAACGUGCACCAGUCAUUGCUGCUGACAAAUCGACCUUCAGACAGCAUCUAAACCAACCUCUACUACAUUACCUCCCCAGACUUCUAACUCACUACACUCCAACCAGACAUCACUGUUCUGAAAACACUCACCCUUUUUCCAUUUCUAGAUAGGACAAAAACCUUUGGUGAACUCAUGUUACAUCUGAUCUCAUUCUUGCUGCAAACCAAUUUGUGAGAUUUGAUAUUGUUGUGAACUGGUUGCUGCUGUCGACUGUCUUAUUUUUAUUAUUUUGUGGUAGAAUGGAAUUCAAAUUGUCUUAGUAAUCUGUUUUGUAAACCACAUCAAUUAAUUUUUGAUUAUUUGUAAUUUUAUUUUCCAUUCUGUUUAAAGGAUUUCCAUUUUUCGCCAAAACUCAUUAGAUGUGCUCAUGCAUAUCCAUAUAAAGAAAAUGAGCAAAACUGUUUUUAAUAGUGUUGAAACUGAACCUAAAAAAUGUUUUUCAUUUUUCAUAAUUUUUUUUUUUUACAUAAUUAUUUCCUUUACUCUUGUUACAUUUACAGUUGUUAAACAACUGAGGAGAAGCAGUAGUGUAUGCUGGUGGGCUUUGUCUUUCAGAAAAAUGAACAUGAACUGUAAUAAAUAUUUUUUAUGCGAGCAAGCAGAAGGGAUGUUAAAAUGGAAUUUAUAAGUUUCUCAGAUGCUCACCAUGCACAUGCUAAUGCUUUGAGUUAGAGCUAUCACAGCUAAUCUCCUUGUGUGGCAUCUGUAUUUUUACCUUUAUUUCUAAGCAGUGUAUUUUGUUUCACCUUGACGACUUGGAUGGUUGACUAUUCUACUCAGAGGACUGCCAUUUCUUUUGGUGAAACGCAUUUUAGAUGUGUUCAUGCAUUCACAAACAUUGAAAAAACAUCCUUUUUCCACAAAAAUUGUCUUAGGCUGGAAAUUUUUAGUCAUAUAGAAAAAUCCAGAGAUGAGAGCUUACAUCCAUGGACUACUAACACAAAAUCAGGCUGUCUAUGUUUUAUUAGAAUAUCAAAAUUUAAGAAACAAAAUAGACAAUUGUUGUGGAAAAUGAGAAGGGCUUGUAUAGGGCAUAUUUGGUGUUACAAGAAUGGGGCACAAGCAGAGCAUGCUUGAUGUCACAAGGAUGAAAUAAUUUCAGGUACAUAUACAGGAAAAAGGCAGAAUGGGGUGAGGGGCUUUUCCCUCUGUUUGUGACAGUGAGUGUUGAUGCACGUUGAUCAAAAUGAGAGCAAUUAUUUUCUCUUUUCUAUAUUGAUAGCAACAUACUUGCUAUAAGUGAAAGGCUAGGGCUCUUGAUUUCUCGUCCAUUUUGUUUGUGCCCUAAAGGUCUAAAAGUUAUGAAUUUUGCUGCAGUUUAUAAUAAAAAUGUUUAGAAUAUUUGAUCACCUUUUGCGAGAAGUUUUUUCCCCGCACUCUCAUUAAAUAAACAUGCACAUUUGAUGCAUAUGUUGUGGCCUGUGUACUCCUUUUAAUGUCCCCAUCUUCACCUUUACCAAAAAUGUGUCGGAUAGAGGGCAACAAGAUAGCUAAUUGAGAUUAUAGGCAAGGGACAGACAGUGUCAAGACAACUUGUGCUGACUGUAAAAUAAUGGUGGAUAACUAGGAGAGACCAUAAACAGCAGAGAACUAUCAGUUUCACAUGGUUAUAGUGCUAAUUUUUUUAAAUCACUAUGUGUAACAGUGAGAGAGCACAUUGUUAGUGUUGGGUAUUUCUAGUCAGUAUGUUAGAAAAGCAUAAACAAAAGAGUGUGACAAAUUCUGUCUCAAAAUUUCAUAUGCAUCCCUUAAAACGUGUAUGUAGUCAUAUUUUUUUUUUCAAAUUUUGUCUUGCAUCCAUUGUUCAUAGGCUAGCUGAAAUGUGUAUGGAGUAAUGGUUGAUAUAACAUUCUGUGAUAAUUUUUCCCCAAAUAAGAAUACCACCAUUCUUCAUCAGUCAAGUAUAAAUAUGAUUAUUUUUUAAUAUCUUUUAAAUAAUGUGAAUGAAAAAAAAUGAGCAGAUUAAAUGAAGUGUGUAAAAGUGUGCAGUAAAGUGAGGGCUUGUUUUGUCUGUGAAUGUAGAAGUAAAUAUUAAAAAAGAAAUAAAAGUUGUGUAUGAGAGAGAGAGAGGGGGGGGGGGAGAGAAAACGAGAGCAAGUGAAAACAGAUGUUUCUUUAGAUAUGUAUGCUUCCAGUGGGUUUCAUAAAUGUUGUUUUCAUUAAUAUAAAACAAUUGUCUAGCUAAAAAAGAAAGGCAAACUGAUUUCUUUGUUGGGGUGUUUAGAAGUUCUUGAGGCUGAUAGAUUCAUUAUAUAUGUAGCCCAAAAUGGUCAAACAUAAAAAAAAAUCAAUAGUAAAAUGUUUAACUUUCAAGAAUCAUCUGGUUGUUGUUCUAUUAAGUGAAGGUGUCUUUCAGUGCUUUAGGAAAGCAUUUGUCUGUAAUCUUAUCGUAUGUGGGUUUUUUAAAAGCCAUUGUUCUUUGCAAAUCUCAGGUAGUUACUUGGCUUUGUCAUCUGGACUCUUAUUAUUUCCCUUUUUAUUAAUAAAAAUUAUAUUUGAUAUGCAUUCAUUAGUUGUGUCGUUUCCUAGUUGUAAAUAUAAAUUUUGUGUUCUUGUUGUGUAAAACAGCUUACGUGGAAAGCUUAUUUUUGGUCAAGUUGUAUUAUUUUCUAAUAAAAGCUUUUUUGUCUGAUGUUUAACAAAAGUUAACAAUAAUAAUUUUUAAUGAUAUUUGCAAGUACCUCUGUAACAUAUUUUAGAUUCUCUUACUAACCUUUAAGAGUUCACUUUGAUAACGUUGAUCUCAUUAAUGUUGUCAUAAGCCACUACUGUUAUUUCUGAGCACAGUGAGCAGUGAUUUCUUACAUGUGCCCUACAAAUUUCAGUCCACUACAAGUUUUUUCCCUUUUAUUAUGGAAGCAAUGUACAGUCAUCAUUACAGAGCAGCUGAUGAUGACCAGCUAUGAGAAAGUGCUCUGCAGUUCUUAACAUAACCUUUGAUAUAUGGUCCACCUAAGACUUCUUUUGAGCAAAGUAAGAUUAAAGGGCAGACUUUCCACACACAAAAAAUGGUUGGAUCUAAGGGAAAAUGGGAUGUAACUUAUUGGGUCAGAGAGGUACAACUAGCAAGGUAUAACUACCAGGGUAGCCAAUUCCAGGUAUACACCUCACUUUCCACCCCUGGGUCAAACCAUUCUUUCCCACCAUAAUGUUGAAGUUCAGCCUUUAACCAUAACAACUUUUUAUAGUUCUAGAUAUUUUAUGUAUAUGUGAGUUACUUAUAUGACAUAGACACCUGUUAGGGAUUACUGCCUUGUUGUACGUGCUUAUGACAGCUGUCUCUAGCUUGAGGCAGAUGAAAAAAAAUGUUAGUCAGGGUGUACUUUAUAUUUUUACCUCAAAAAAAGUUUGUUUUUUUUUUUUGUCAUCCUGGUACUUAUUUGUGUGCUUGUCAUAUUGGAGUAUUUAUAAUGCCACCAUUCAUAUCAUUAAUAAGUGAUACAACUACAUUUUAUAACUAGCUUGCAUAUUUUCCUGAAGUUUUUACAAAUAUAACUGUUGGAGGGUCUCAGCAUCAGAUGACAGAAUUAUGUAUCUCAAAAAGAGACUUGGUACCAGUAAAGAAAUGUGAUGUUUGCCUUCAAAAAUUAUUUUCAUCAUUGGAUGAGAAAAUUGUGUAUCUUGAAAAGAGAUUUGGUUCCAAUAAAGAAAUGUGAUGUUUGCUUUCGAAAA